AUGGAAGAGUACAACAAGCCUAACAGAGGGGGUGGUAUAACAUCACCUUAUAGAGGUGUUAGGAAGAGGAAAUGGGGAAAAUGGGUGUCCGAAAUCCGUGAGCCAGGGAAGAAAACUAGAAUAUGGCUAGGGAGUUUUGACACACCAGAAAUGGCAGCCGCGGCAUAUGAUUCAGCUGCAUUGCACCUCAGGGGACAUGCAGCUAAGCUAAAUUUCCCAGAGUUGGUUGAUCAUCUGCCUAAACCUGCAAGUUGUAGCCCUGAUGACAUACGUUUGGCUGCCCAACAGGCUGCACUAAGAGUCAAGACCACAAAUUCUGAGGAGAUGGCAAGUUCAUCUACUAGUCAUGUAGCACCAGUGACCAUAGGACUAUCUCCAAGUCAAAUUCAAGCUAUCAAUGACUUCCCAAUGGAUUCACCAAAAAUGUGGAGUGAAGAGACAAUGUUUACUUAUGCCAACGAUUAUGAAAUGAGCGAUUACGAAGAAAUAGACGAUUGCCUUUGGGAUUCCUGAACUAACUGAUUAUAGAUUCUGAAUUCACUUAUGAAACAUUUUAGUCUAAUAUAUCGUGUGCUAUUAAGGUUCAGUAUUAUAUUUUUACGGAGAUUUAGAGUGUGAUAUUUGUACUAAUUAAUUUCCUUGGUGUGCCAUUUAACUUUGUUAUUGAUUUGUGUCAACAGACAUGAAGAACAAAUAACGCCCCUAAUUGUCUUUGUUCUCUGAGGUUGUCCUGGAGCAUCAAAGUGGGUUGGUUUUUUGACACCUCAUUUUGUGCGUUGCUCUACUAAUAUUGUAAUGAGUGAAAAAAGCUUAUUCUAAAUUGCUGUACUGCAUAGU